GUAUUUUGAUAGGGACUGCUUUAAAUGUGUAGAUUGCUUUGGGCAGUAUAGACAUUUUAACAGUAUUUGUUCUUCCUAUCCAGGAGCAUGGAAUAUCUUUCCAUUUCUUUGUGUAAUUCUCAAUUUCUGUCAUCAGGGUUGUAUAGUUUUCAGAGUAUAGGUCUUUCACCUCUUCGGUUAGGUUUAUUCCUGAGCAUCUUAUUGGUUUUGGCACAGUUGCAAAUGGGAUUGAUGCCUUAAUUUCUCUUUCUGCUGCUUCAUCAUUAGGGUGUAGAAAUGCAACAGAUUUCUGUACGUUGAUUUUGUAUUCUGGGACUACGGGAUUAAUUCCACUUCCUGAAUUUUUAAAACUCUUUAGAAACUUGAUAUGUUGCCUCUUUGUCUAUAAUAUGUGCUAUGAAUAUUUUCUCCCAGUUUGUCAUUGACUUUGUUUUGGUCAUGCCAAAGCAUUGUUAUUUUAUUGUCAUGUGGUCAAAUAUAUUAAUCUCUUUCUUUUAUUGCUUCCGGAUUUUGAGGCAUAGUUUUUAAAAAUCCCCUCAACAGAUAUCUCCCAGGAAUUCAGUCGUCAUGAUCAGCUCGUACACCAGCCCCCCCCCCUCCCCCCGCCACCACACACAUCCACACUUCCCAGGACAGAAGUACUGGGUGGCUCCAUCCUUAAACACCCACUCUGGCUCACUCUGCCUAUUUUGGGUGUCUUUCUCCUCAUCAUUUCUAAAAGACCAGGUCCUGGAAGGAGGAGGAGGUAUGAGGUGUCUAGGGGAACAAGAGCAAUCUUCUGAUUGAGGGAAUCCAUCACCUAGGUCUUACUUAGGGAACACAUGGCCCCAGGGAGACCUGCUCCUCCCAUGGUCCCUUCCACACCCUGGCAGGUCCCGGAUGAGGCAGCGCGUGAGGCAGAUGUCUGUGACCAUUUCCACCAUUCUGUGUUCUCUUUGUUCCCACUUCCUCCUUUCUGCAGCUCCCCCAGCUGGGCUGGAUGCAGAGUCUUGUAGAUUCACACUUGACGGUGGAGCAGAGGAAUUCUGCUUGGGUUACCAUGUGCCAGGGAAUGGAAGGAUGCUGAGAGGGGUCAGGCAACCAGCGCUUAUUCCUUCUGAUUCCAUCCCAGGGCUUUGAGCAAGUGAGGUCGGCCACCGGCGACAGAGAUGCGUUGUAUGUUACAGAAGAGGAGCUGGCUGGUGACGACGAGGACAUGCCGACCUUCCCAUGCACACAAGAGGGCCGGCCGGGGCCCCGCUGCAGCCGCUGCCAGAAGAACCUGUCUUUGCACACGUCGGUGCGGAUUCUUUAUCUCUUCCUGGCCCUGCUCCUGGUGGCCGUGGCCGUGCUGGCCUCUCUGGUUUUCAGGAAAGUGGACUCUCUUUCUGAAGACAUCUCCCUGGCCCAGGCCAUCUAUGACAAGAAGCUGAUGUCCAUGCAGGAAAAUCUGCAAGGCCUGGAUCUGAAAGCCCCAAACAAUUGUUCCUUCUGCCAUGAGGCUGGGCAGCUGGAGCAAGAGAUCAGAAAAUUGCAGGAAGAGCUGGAAGGAAUUCAGAAGAUGCUUCUGGCCCAGGAGGUCCAGCUGGACCAGACCUCUCAGACCCAUGAACUGCUCUCCACCACCAGCAGUCAAAUCUCCCAGGAGAUGGGCAAUUGUUCCUUCUCCAUCCACCAGGUCAACCAGUCUCUGGGGUUCUUUCUCACCCAGGUGAGAGGCUGGCAGGCCACCACAGCUGGCCUGGACCUCUCUCUGAAGGACCUCACCCAGGAGUGCUAUGAUGUCAAGGCUUCUGUCCACCAGAUCAACUUCACUGUUGGGCAGACUUCAGAGUGGAUCCAUGGGAUCCGGCGGAAGACUGAUGAGGAGACCCUGACCCUCCAGAAGAUGGUCACUGACUGGCAAAACUACACCCGGCUCUUCGGCAGCCUGCGUACCACAUCGGCCAAGACCGGAGAAGUGGUCAAGAACAUCCAGGCCACCCUGGGGGUCUCCUCACAGCGCAUCAGCCAGAAUUCCGAGAGCAUGCACGACCUGGUGCUGCAGGUCAUGGGCUUGCAGCUACAGCUGGAUAACAUCUCGUCCUUCCUGGACGACCACGAGGAGAACAUGCACGAUCUGCAGUACCACACCCGCUAUGCCCAGAACCGCACGGUGGAGAGGUUCGAGACGCUAGAAGGACGCAUGGCUUCUCACGAGAUCGAGAUCGGCACCAUCUUCACCAACAUCAACGCCACCGACAACCACGUGCACAGCAUGCUCAAGUACCUGGACGACGUGCGGCUCUCCUGCACGCUGGGCUUCCACACCCACGCCGAGGAGCUCUACUACCUGAACAAGUCCGUCUCCCUCAUGCUGGGCACCACGGACCUGCUCCGGGAGCGCUUCAGCUUGCUCAGUGCCCGGCUGGACUUCAACGUCCGCAACCUCUCCAUGAUCGUGGAGGAAAUGAAAGCUGUGGACACGCGGCAUGGAGAAAUCCUUCGCAAUGUCACCAUCCUGAGAGGUGCCCCCGGCCCCCCCGGACCAAGAGGACUCAAAGGAGACACGGGCACGAAAGGGCCUGGUGGCAGCAGAGGACCGAAAGGAGACCCUGGCAGCUUGGGGCCCCCGGGACCCCAGGGUCCUCAGGGGCAGCCUGGAGACACAGGACCCAUGGGGGAAAGGGGACCGGUUGGCCUUCGGGGUUUCCCAGGCCUCAAAGGCUCAAAGGGCAGUUUUGGAACUGGAGGCCCAAGAGGACAGCCAGGCCCGAAAGGGGACAUGGGGCCCCCAGGGCCAGAGGGGCCCCCAGGGUCUCCAGGGCCCUCAGGGCCUCAGGGAAAGCCAGGGAUUGCUGGCAAGACAGGGUCACCGGGCCAGCGGGGGCCCAUGGGGCUUAAGGGUGAACCAGGGAUCCAGGGGCCCCCUGGCCUCCCAGGGCCCCCAGGCCCACCAGGAAGCCAGAGCCGCUACUAAGGGCCCCAGGCCCAGACACUGCUGCACCAAAUGCCGGGAAGGGCCUCAGGGCAUGGCAAGCCCCCACCCCAGAAAGCCACCCUUACAGACAGUUGUGGUUCUUUGAUCCCAAAGGGGCUUCUCCCCGGCCUGCCCCUGCACCUCGGGGCUCCCCAGUACUGACUGUACCACAGAAAGCAGCCCCUCACACGCACACGCACAUACAUUUCCCUGCUGGCCAGGGGGGCCAACUGGGUGUCCCUGGCUGGGCAGGAGGAGAGGGCAGGAGAAGACCCCCCUCUCCUGUGACUGAGCCUGCCAGGGAGGUGGCUACCUUGGGAGGAAGGUCUUAACUCUAUUUCUGAAUUGUUGACCAACUUGGCUCUCCAGCUUCUUCGGAACCAGCCUAGCUAACAGUUCCCCGUGGCUCCCAGCGGUUGAAAAGACCCAGGAAAACCUUUGAAGGGGAUGUGGUUCAAACUCUAGGAACAAGGUGGAUUUGAUGACCAGAACGCUCUCCUCACGACCAUGGGAGCAGCGUCCCGGGAGCUGCCCCCUGCCUCACACAGGAUGGAGGGACUCCACCUGAGUCACAUUCUCGGGCUCUGGGCACCGAGCUCUCAUGAGUUCAGCAAUUUUUUCUUGUCUCCAGAAAAUUCCUCACUUCAUCCUUGCCUCCUUCUCUCAGGAGCAUCUUGGGAGAAAUCCAAGCAGGAGCUUCAUCUGCAUGGGGAGACUAUCUAGGGCCUGGAACAUUCUCCCAGAGUGGCACCCAGCAGCUGGGAAGCUGGAAGAAGGGAGGCAGAGGCAUGAGUGAAGAUGCCUCCCUUGCUCCAUCUGAGGCUGGCCCGCCUGCUCCAUUUCUGGGACGGGCCCCUCUGUGGAGGCUGGAGGAGGGCCAAGCCUGGUGACAGCAGCUCUCCCCUCUUGUCCCCGGCUCUCCUGCCCACAGCUGCCUGCUGACCUUACCCUGCCCUGACUCAGAAUGGCCCUAGGCCUCUCUGCUUGGGCGGGAAGGCUGGACGAGGAGGGAAGGGCCCAAACAUCCACAAGAGACUCGCGAGGACACCAUCCCUUGUCACCUCCAACUUCCUGUGCACAAGGGCAGAAAAGAGCCCUGGAAGCUCCCCCAGCAGGGUGAAGGCCGCCCACAGGCUAAACUUGUGGUAAAGCUGCCUUACCUUGGUGUUCGACAGAUCCCGACCACUCCUGGCCUGGAGCUGUCCCCUCCCCACCCUGACUCAGAGAAUAGCCUCUGUCCUCAUUCCAAAAGCCUUAAUGCCACCUCCCUUCCUGUAAUAUGUGCAACUGGUUUGCACUCCCACCUGCCCCCCCCCCCCCAAUACCAUGUAAUUCUGUCUAUAUAUGAUAUCAUGCGAUAUAGUAUUACUGAGUCAGUAAAGAGCUGUUUCCAGGA